AAACCAGAAAGACCUUCUCCAUUCCUUCUCCUCAAGAGAAGCAGCUGGUGGCAACCAGGACGACCAUGUCUUACAAUAUGCUAGCCUUCUGCUUGGUUUGGCUCCUGGCUCUCUCUUCGGCUUGCUACAUCCAGAAUUGCCCCAUUGGAGGGAAGCGCUCCCUUCUGGACAUGGAAGUCAGAAAGUGCAUCUCCUGCGGGCCAAGGAACAGAGGGCAUUGCUUUGGUCCCAACAUCUGUUGCGGGGAAGAACUAGGCUGCUACUUGGGCACAGCGGAAACCAUGAGAUGCCAGGAAGAAAACUUCCUCCCAACGCCUUGCGAGUCUGGAAGGAAGCCGUGCGGCAACAGCGGAGGGACCUGCGCCGCAUCAGGCAUCUGCUGCAACAAUGAGGGCUGCACGGUAGACUCUGCCUGUGACCAAGAAUGAGAAGACAACAAGGAACAAGGAUCACAUGAAUCCACUUUUUGAUUAUGAACUUGCAGGCAACACCAGUGUGACUCGUCAAGUACGCAUGCUGGAUGCCAACGGCCGACAAACUUGUGCAAAUUAAAAGUUGCAUAUCAGCAACAGAAGUCUAUGAUUUGUGUUCUCCUGGCUUUUCAAUA